AUGUCCUCCAUGUUUCCUACUAUUCCCGGUUAUGGCGGUCCCUGGUCACUGAAGGACUUUCUGCUGCGAUACUUUUUUGUACAGCUGCGGUUUGAGGCGUCUUCACCGGCGUGCUUUGUAUCGUGUACCUAUGAGCGGAUUCUAUUUGUACCCCCAACGGGAGGCUUCGCAGUGGUGGUGUACGUCUCUUUGGGCGCUCCACCACCGCCGCCACUCAGUGGAAUGUCGGUAGCAUCAGGGGUGGGCGAACUUUUGCCUAUAGGGCGGGACUUCUUACCGCGAAUGGCAUCGCAGAUACCGCAUGGAAGGCCACUGACGUCGUCGCUGCUGCGGUGUCCGUUUUGGGACUCCCUCUUUGCACAGCUGGGGCCUGCAGUUGUCAGUUUCAUUACAUCAUGGUGUCCGCUUGUGGUACAGUUUGAACCGAGUGGUGGGGGAUUGCAGGCUUUGGGUCCUCCGCUGAAGAAUGCCGUGCCACGGGCGGCAAAGCGGCAGAGAAGCUUGGGAUGCAUGGGAUUCCGCAAGAGGGGAUGUUACGAGAAAAAUACUCAACCUCGUACCACGCAAGCGGCCUCGAUCUCAUCGUUGGCAGUGUCACUAUAUCGCUUGAAUGUCUCACGUCUUCCGUUGAUUGGGGAACUGCCUCUUCGCACCUUUGCCGAAAUCGACCACGGGGUGAAUCCUAGACUUGCAGAAUUAUGGCAGAAGCAUCACGGAGAUAUAGAUUCUACUGCAGCAUGCCGUUGUUCAGUUACUAUAGGGGGUGACCCGGUGUCAUGUGCAGAGGCGUGCAGAGUUUGGACAACGUCAAAAGAAUUAGUCCACUUGGUGUUCCCCUACACAUUCGCUGUCAAUGGGAAUGGUGACAACACAGUCCGCAUGGAAUCUGUGGAACGGCAUCUCACACACGUGCUUCAUUGUUUGUUGGGCGGUGUGUGUCGGAUGAACUUUCGCGGGGCGGCAAUUAAGCAUGCCGGGUUUCUGGAAGAGCGCAGUCUCCCUUUCCAUCGCUGCCGUUCCCGUGCGCAAGCGGCGGCGGCGGCGGCGGCCGUUCCAGUAUCGGAACUCACAGUGCCGGAGUCUAUUGUGACCUCAUAUCUUCGAAGUCUACUGGAGGGUCUUUGGUGGCGUGCACCUCAGGGCAAGGAACGGGUGAGCUUUUGGGGGGAAGCACCAGUGCUGGAAAGACUGUGCGCCAUCACCUUAAGUUGGCUGCAGUGUGGAAGACAAGAAACAUUUCCACUUGGUCACUUUCUACACGAGGUACCUGUUGCAAAGCUUCCAUGGCUACGUGGCUUCUAUACCCGAGGUGUUGGACGCAAACGACGGUCCAUGAUUCAGCAGCGGGUAUUUCUUCAAUUGAUUUUUUUUAUUUUUCAGCAUGUGGUGCCGUUUUUGGUGCGGCGUUCGUUUCAUGUGACGUGGUCUUCUAAAAAGCCCAACGCGUUUCUCUUCAUACCGAAGCCGGUGUGGUGCCGCCUAGUUGGCUAUGAACUGCGACAAGUCUGCCUUUCACGCCGCAGUCGAGAGAAACGGGAGAGAAACGCUGCUGGGACCAAACAGUCGAUGGCGCUGGAGCGUGUGACCGCAGACAGCCUUCUGGCAUCCAAGCUGGCAUAUGAAAAGAACACCGCUUGUGUCGCACCUCCGGUGUUGUAUUCAUCUGUUAGAUUUCUCGUGGACCAACGUAAGCUGCGCCCUAUUGCACGGGCUCGCCUCGUCAACGUGCGCAGGCUGCUAAGAAUGGCAGAUGGGUUGUCUGUACCAAGAAGGGCAGUUACCCGCACAAUGCCUGGAAGGGUGGCGGCACCCACGACCAGGAGCGCGCGCAAUAGUAGUGCUUCUCCCCAUGUCUCAUUGUUACGGGGGGCACUACGUUGCCUGCUUGUCGGUGUCGCGGAGCAUCGCGUCGGAUCGUCGCUGGUGAAAAGUACAAAUAUUUCCCAUCAAGAUGAAUACGCUGAAAUACGUUCUUUUGUCGAGGGGGCACGACACUUCUGCCAGCGUCCGAAGCUCGUAUCCAGCCCGGUAUCUUCUACUGCACCAUCAAGUGGCAGUCCAAUGGUGGCAAUGUUGCGCGGGGAUGCGGCGAGAUGCUAUGAUUAUCUUCCACAGGAAGUGGUGAUGCAUGCUGUCGAACGCCUUGUUAAUCAUGACUCAUACUACACGGUGUCAUUAACGGCCAUUGCUCCAUGGAUCAGCAAUGGUGCGGGAACCGGCACUCUGGCGAGUGUACAUGGGCGGCAACUGAAAGUUGCAGGAGGGGACACUACAAACGCUGAAGUAUUACUGUAUCAGUGCAUGAGGUCGCAGACCGUCUCUGGGGAGUGCGUACAAAAUGGGAUGCUUCCAGGUAUUCCAAUGGGAUGGAUUAUGUACGAGGAAGCCACACCAGCGUCCGAUUCCAGGCUACGUGGAGAUGAAAUACUGGCAAUUCUAAAGCAGCAUCUACAUCAACAUCUUGUGCUCAUUGAUGGGAAGCUUUACUUGCAAGGAGUGGGGAUAGCUCAGGGCUCCGCGGUGGCUAUGCUGCUUUGCGACACUAUUUUUGAAACUGUGGAUCAAUCUCUCUCAAGCAUUCUUUCUCAGCAUGAGGAGCCAGCGCUGCUUUUAAGACGUGUGGACGAUGUCUUGGUGGUGACGCUGUCCCAUGUGGCGGCGUCUCGUUGCGACGCAGCGUUGCGUCGUGGAUGGCCCGAAGUAGGAUUUGUUUGUCAAGGUGAAAAGCUACGAUGUACUACGGACACACUCAUUCCGUGGUGUGGACUCUUGUGGAAUCCACGAACACUGGAGUUUUCCGUGGAGUGGCGACGUUUGGCAUCGCUGCUUCCACACAUUGCAUCCUACCCAAUGACUGGCAAUGAGCCGCUCCAUUGCUCACUACGACUGAUGAGUAUUCUGUGCCUCCGCACACCAUUGACGGUGCUUUGUCGUCGUAUUAACAGCAAGACGCGCGUAGUGCAGACUUUGUGUGAAAUUGGAUUCCUCUGGUCCCGCUUCUUCUUAAGGAAGCUUCUGCAAAAUGCAGCUUUUAUACGACCUCACGUGCGUGUUUUACUGAGGCCCCUCGCGCUGGUUAUCGCGUCGUUGCGCCGAUUACUAAAGCGUCACAAAGGACACCUUGAACGGCUUGGCUCUUUCUGUGACAUCACAGACGAGGAGAUCCGACUCUGUGUUCUAUUUACUCUGCAUAAAACCCUUCAAGGGUGGUUGCCGUGGAUGAUAUCGCGAUUACGACAUAGCAGGGAUGGAUUGAAGCGUUUUUUCAUACUCUUAUUGGCUAUUGUGCGACGGAAAAUGAGGGCAGAACUUUUUGUAGAGGAUGCACUUUGCAAGGGAAGCGAUGAGCAUGGCUUUGCUCGUCGUGACAGUAAUCAUGGCACUGGUGUUGCUGCUGCUGUUAUGGGGGAGGAUAACGCCGCUCAUGAGGUAGUGGGUGCGCUGCUGCUAGCUGAAGGCGAGGACACCGUCAUUGUGCGUGCCCUCGCUGCUGUGCAGUUUUCGGCCUUCCACGCGCACUGA